AUGAGAAACAUACCAGAAGAAUACAGAGGGCGGGGUGAGUACUAUUUCCUGAAAGUGAUGGCAGAGGAAAUCGAAAAGGCUGAUUAUCCUCCUGGCGCAACAUUCAGCCAGGAAAGCAUGCUUUGUGUGUUCAGGAAUUUCCGAUCAAUAUUUGGCCCAAUUUUCUCAGACCGCUGUCUCAAGCAAAAAAUUAAGUCCCUGAAGAAAAAAUAUAAGGAUUUCUCAGAACUGUUGAAGGAAGACAAUAUCUUAUGGGAUAAGCAGAAUAACAUUGUUUACAGCAAUGACGAGUUGUUGAGUGUAAAAUACAAGGGCCGUUACAAGAAUGGGGUUUUCCAUGGAGAACCAAAUUAUGACCUCAUGUGUGCUGUUUUCGAGCGUGGAAUAAACUUCGAGUGA